AUGCAGUGCAAGAUUACCUCUUACUCCGGCGUGACCAAGGAUAAGGGUGAUGCCCGUCCCCGUAUCAUCCUCAAGAUUCCAAGCACCAAGCGUAUCAAUCGGGCCAAUCUUUUCGACAGGCUACCGAUCGAGGUGAGUUGCAGACAUUUCACCGCAUUUCAUUUGGCUAACUAUGGCCGCUCUGCCAGAUGAACCAAGAGAUUGGCCACAAUCUGAAAGAAGACCAAGACGUCGAAGCUUUCCGUCUCUCUUGCAGGUCGGCGAACUCUGCAGUCGACGGAGACGCCGGAUCGUUCUGGCGACGUCGCUUUCUGGAAACCUACGAUCGACCGGCCAAGCCAACGACCGGACUCGAGUAUCGAAAGGCGUAUCGCCUCCGCAAGAAAGCAUUCAGAAACAUCUACACGCACCAUCUAUGCGCCGGGAAUUCCCCGAUGAAGCACGAGGCCAGGGCCAUAGUGAUUUUGCAGAGCUUGCUUGCUGGUGAGUCGGAACCGCAUCUCCUUGUGACCGAGGCCCACUGACACGGGAACAGACGCGUCGGCGGCAGCGAAGGCGAACCCUUUGAGACUGCCACUCAACAUUGCUCAUGUCGUGCGCUUCAUCAACAACAAGGUAAGCGGUCAGGCUUAGAAGAAAGUUCCAUAGCCUAGCAAAUCUGCUAACAACUCUCCUUGUCUUUCAGAUCAUCCUCCAGAGGGCUGGCUUGACUCGCUCGCAGUACCGUAUGAUGCUCCAGGGUAUGACCUUCUGA